GCGGUUAGCCUCGGAGCUAGCCGCGUUAGCAUCACUGAGCGAUGAGGCUCCGGGGAAGCACGAGGCGGAACCCCGCCGCGGCGGCACCGGGGCAGACAUGAGCCCGCCACCCCGGGACUCUUGAAGACAGCCCGGACGACAGGACGACGUCCCGGCCAUGGCAGCGGGAGUCGGCGUGCGGAGCGACCUGCCUCCGGCCAGCGGCUCGGCCCACGGCGCUCACAUCGCAGGAGGCAUGCAGACAGCUAUUGCGAGGGUCCCCACAGCAAAGUACACCAAGAUGGGGGAGACGCUGAGGCAUGUGAUCCCCGGGCACAUGCAGUGCUCCAUGGCCUGCGGGGGCCGAGCCUGCAAAUACGAGAACCCCUCUCGCUGGAGCGACGAGGAGCAAGCCAUCAAGGGACUCUACUCGUCCUGGAUUACUGACAACUUGCUAGCAAUGGCGAGGCCUUCCACUGAAAUCAUGGACAAAUACAACAUCAUCCAGCAGUUUGAGAGCUGCGGUUUGAAGACGGUCAUUAACCUGCAGCGGCCCGGAGAACAUGCUAGCUGUGGAUACCCUCUGGAACCCGAGAGCGGCUUCACUUAUCGACCUGAGACCUUCAUGGAGGCAGGCAUCUACUACUACAACUUUGGCUGGAAGGACUACGGCGUGGCCUCUCUGACCACCAUCCUGGACAUGGUCAAAGUCAUGUCCUUUGCAGUCCAGGAGGGGAAGAUGGCCGUUCACUGCCACGCCGGGCUGGGUCGGACAGGUGUGCUGCUGGCGUGUUACCUGGUCUUUACCAGCAGGAUGACGGCCGACCAGGCCAUCCUGUUCGUCCGCGCCAAACGGCCCAACUCCAUCCAGACCCGGGGCCAGCUGCUGUGCGUCCGAGAGUUCGCCCAGUUCCUGGUCCCUCUGCGGAGCGUCUUCUCCUGCGCCGAGCCCCGGGCCGGCGCCGUCACCCUGUCGCAGUACCUGACGCGGCAGCGCCACCUGCUGCACGGCUACGAGGCGCGCCUGAUGAAGAACGUGCCCAAGAUCGUCCGGCUGGCGUGCCGGCUGCUGGCGGACGUGGCGGCCGACCGGCAGGUGGUGGUGGAGGAGGAGUGGGCGGAGCUCCCCGACCUGACGGCCGAGGUGGAGAAGACGGUGUCCCAGCAGGCACUGCAGCAGCUGGGGAAGGAGAUGAGAGGGAAGGGGAUCCCCGUCCCGCCGUGUCCCGCCCCCUCGCUCUGCCCGGACGCCCUGCAGCCCAGACCGCCUCACGACCAGGCCCUGGCCAGCGACAGCGACCUGGACCCCCUGUGGAGGCUGCAGAACGCCGCCAGCCCCGGGGCGUCCUCGCUGCUCCACAGCAGGAGGCUGAGCUACAGCGACUCGGUCCUCCACAGGCUGGAGCAGCAGGGCCAGCCCCCCCUCAGCAGCCUGCUCCAGCACUCCCUGUCCCACAGCAGCCUUCCUCCAGCGUGCCCUCCACCGCCUCAGGAUGCCGGGUCAAAGGUCACGCACAGGAGUGUGUCCCCGUGUAGCUCCACAGUGCCUGUGCUGCCCCCCCGGAGCAGGCUGCCCCUCGGCCACGAGGACCGGCCCCGGGCCCCCUUCAUCAGCCUGCAGUCUGAACUGGCCCCCGAGGCCCGCCGGCUCAUGGUGGCCAAAGCUCUGGCUCUGGACCUAAUGGACCAGGAUCUGAGCACCAAGGUGUCAGCGUGGCAGACGGAGCUGAACUCCAGGGAGGGGGCCUGGGAGCGUCUGUGUGUGGAGAGGGACCCCCGGGUCCUGUCGGGCCUCAUGUGGUCGUGGCUGGAGCAGCUCAAAGAGCCCAUCAUCAGCAGCGAGGACGUGAGGAGCCUGAGCCAGCGGAGCGCCGACCCCCACAGCGCCCUGCACGCCCUGCACAAGGACCACCGCCUCACUCUGCUGUGCGUCCUGGACUGUGGCGCCCAGCUGCUGCCGCUGCCCCCGGACGUGGAGAGCAGCUUCCUGCAGCAGACCGUGCGAGCGUUCACCAAGACGGAGCCCGCCGCCCAGCCGUCCCUGUUCCAGACCCUGACCCAGAUCCUGACCCCCGUGCUCCACUCCAGACGGGACGAGCCUCCCGAGCCGCCUCUGGGCAUUAACUCCGCUGAGUGUCGUCUGUGAAGCUCUGAACGUUCCUGUAAACCUGUGUUGUUAUAAACACAUGAAGUGCUGUUGUUACCUGCUACUGUUCCUGUGGACGACACGCUGCAUCACGUCCUCACUAAACCACGUCACAGAGUUUGACUUUUAUUCAAUGCACAACUUUUCUCUCGGUUUUCUUCAGAUGUGAGGAGUGUAGCGACAGUAGCUGCUCCUGAGCAGCUGCAACUGGACAAUCCCUACCGUUACUUCAGAACGUGGAACCAUCGAGCAGUUUCGGCGCGUUAGCACAGAAGCUAACGUUAGUUUGGGACGUGCACUGGACGCUUCAGUCUUCUUCCUGUUUCCUGUUGGGUAUGCAUGUCCGAAAUGAACAACUUUCAAAGCAGAUGCUGGCUUUGAGGCCAGAGGCUUUUAGCUUUGUCGAUCAGGAAGUGAGAGGAAGCUGUGAUCAGACUCUGAAGUGGCGUGCACGUCGCUGCAGCCGGGCUAGCUCACUGAAACUGUCCUCCUGUACUGCCAUUGUAAAUGUCGACGUGCCAUCUCCUCCCCUGAGGCUGUGUGUGUCUGUAACGUGUGCUCUGCUCUCACACUGACUGCUGUCCACUAUUUAUUCUGUCCUCCGUGCAGUGCGUCCCGCAGAGCCACCGGUGCAGUGCACUGUGGGAAACAAUUACUAUUUUUUCACUCUUACAAUCGAAGACUUCUUACAGAAUUAAACUCUA